AUGUGGGUGCCUGGCGACGCGUCUACCGCCGCACCAGAGUUGCCGCCAAAUGCGAGGCGAUUGCCCAUCACGCCUCAGCUGCAUGCGCUGCUUACGAUCAUUCGCGAUAAGGAUACACCACGCUCCGACUUUAUCUUUUACUCGGACCGUGUGAUUCGUCUGUUGGUGGAAGAAGGUCUGAACCACCUUCCCGUCGUGGAUCACACCGUGAUGACGCCAACCGGUCUGCCGUACAAGGGUGUCUCGUUCCAAGGCCGUAUUUGUGGUGUCUCGAUCUUGCGGGCGGGGGAAGCGAUGGAAGCGGGGCUGCGUGAGUGCUGCCGCAGUGUGCGUAUCGGCAAGAUCUUGAUCCAGCGUGACGAAGAGACGGCGCAGCCCAAGCUGUUCUAUGCAAAGCUGCCAGAAGAUAUCAACGAGCGCUGGGUCCUCCUUCUCGACCCCAUGUUGGCGACAGGGGGCUCGGCGAUUCAGGCAAUUCAAGUGCUCGUCGACCAUGGUGUGAAGGCGGACAAAAUCCUGUUCCUCAAUAUGAUCGCGAGCCCUGAAGGUCUGAAGAACGUAUGGGACGCAUUCCCGGACGUGCAUGUGAUCUCGGCUUGGGUCGAUACCAAGCUCUCGGACCAGCAGUACAUUUUGCCUGGCUUGGGCGAUUACGGCGAUCGCUACUACAGUGGAUAA